GAUUAGGAUGAGGGUUUCGUCAUACGAAAGGGAUCUUUGAACCUUUGACCUCAGCAGGGUAUAUCUCCCGCGCGCCUGUGUGUGGGAGCAUCCGUGUGUUGGUGUGCUGCUGCUGUGUGUUUAUCACACUGGGCAAGAAUGGGGUUGCAUGGUUUUUGUGUGUGCAAAAUACAGCCUGAGUCCGUCGUGCGCAUCACAGCGCGAGGGUGCUGCCUUUGUGACUCCUGUUUAAUUCUUCUAAAACGAACGAGGGCAGCAUCACCAGGGAAGUGUCACCUUCCAUCUCUAGUCACAUGCAAUAGGCAGGGACACACACCAGUGUUGAAUAGUGCGAUAAGAGCCCGGUGUGAAAUCGUACCGCCCAACAUGAGCCAAGCGGCCGCCGGACUAUCGCAGCAGUUCUGCGUACGCUGGAACAGCCAUCUGGGCAGCCUCGGUGCCGCCUUUCCACAGCUAUUAGCCGGCCAAAGGUUCGUGGAUGUGACGCUGGCAUGCGAGGGCCACCAGGUGCACUGUCACCGUCUGGUGCUGGCCGCCUGCUCGACCUACUUUGAGAAUCUCCUGGGCGAAAACCCCUGCAAGCAUCCGAUCAUCAUCCUGCCCCGGGACAUCAAGCUGUGGGCGAUACAGGCACUGGUGGACUUUAUGUACAAAGGCGAGGUGAACGUAUCGCAGGCGGGACUGCCAGAUCUGAUGAAAUGUGCGGAAGUGCUGAAAAUUCGUGGCCUGUGCGGAUCGGACGCCGCGCUCAACCUGAACCAGGUGCACAGCCCAUCGGGCAGCCACCAGUACCAGCAGCAACAACACAGCAGUGCCAACAGCAGUGACGCCGGUGAGCCGGUGGAGCAUACCGGCGUCACGGCACGGGCGUCCGAGGGACCGUACGUUGGACGACAUGGGGGACAAAGUCAAAGUGCAAGAUUGCCGCAAAGCAAUGCAUCCAGUGGACCAAAGAGACAGCUGCUGAACAGCUUAAACUUGCAGCCGAUUGACGCGGGAAUUGCCCUGCCCCAUCACCACCACCAUCAGCAGAAUGAGGACGGCGUUCACAGUGAUAACGGGGAGAGUGGCAAUGAAAUGUGCAUCAAAACGGAGGAUUUAAUCAUCGAUGAAGAUGAUUCAGGCAGCAGACAGUGUGGAGACGAGGAUGAGCUUGGAAUAGACAGUACUGACAAAACCGGUUCCGACGCGAUUCGCUGCGAGCAGUUCCUCGGCGCACAUCCAAUGGAUGCGGAGGAUCGGGUCGGGAGUGAUUCGAUGCGGGAGGACCGAAUGGAGGAAGAGAUGGAGGUGGGCGAAAAGAUGAUCGAUGAUGGACGCAUGGUAAUGGAAAAGUCAGAACAAUGCCACACCGAUCGGCACCCGCCGUCCUCCGGCGUUGGUGAUCCGCCCGAUUACGACCAUUUUGAGGCGAACGAAAUCGAAGGUGCUGAGCAUGAUCUGAUGGAGUUGAGUGGGGAGACCGAAGCACCGGUGGAAGCUGGAGCCAACAGGAAGCGCCGAAAGCUCGCCACCACCAACACCACCACCAGCUCCACACUAAACAGCGAGCUGCUAGUGUCCGCUGGCGGCAGCAGCUCCUCCACCACCCUGUCUAGCUACAGUCACAGUGCCAAUAGUGCGGGUGAGCAACGAUCGAAAGCCGGCGGCGGACCGCGUACGGUCGGGGCCGUGCCGUCGCUUUCCUCCAUAGGUGUGCGGUCCGGGCCCGGCGGUUCCCGCGGCUCGAUACGGGUGAAAUCCAUCGAGAAUCUCUUCGAAAACUAUCAAGCCAAACAAUCACCAAAGUCUUCCGACAAGAGAAGGGCCCAGCCGCACCACUCCCCGGUGGUGGUGCUGGGCUGCAGCGGUGCCAAUAUCAGUGAGAACGACAGUAGUGCCAGUGAACAGCAGCAGCAUGCUUCCUCGUUGAUGUACAACCGCAACGAGAUGGAUGUGUACGUGAAGCAGCAGCAACAACGGAUCCUAAAAACUGCGGCCGAGCGGCACACCGACGGCGGUGACGAAACGAAUGCUUCCACGGUGAUGAACGAUGGCGAUGGGUACGAGAACAUCAUCUGCUCGCCGAACUUCCCGCAGCUGAGCGAAGCGGCCAGUGCCGGUGAUGAUGGUGCCGGUGCCUACAAGGCGGAAGAGGACGACGAGGACGAGGAGUACGGGGACGAGUACGCCAUACAGCUGCUGGCGGAGGAGAUCGACAGCAGCCUGCUCGCCAACGGGGGCGGCGAAAGCGAGGGAGACGAAAUUCUGUACAAACCACCGGCCCUGAUGGCGCUCGGCGCCGCCAAGGGAGCGCACCCCGGCAAGACGGCCACCGGCCUGCGAGCGUACGGUGCGGGUGGUCCUCCCACCUCGACGCUGACGAUUCGCAAACUGGACGGACGGUCCCGUGGCAACGUGCCGCAGGCGACGGGCGGCUUAGCGCGCACGGUAACGCGUCGACCCCGGCUAACUGGCCGUUCGAAGGACGCGCUGCAUCAGCUGCUGAACUCGAACGGUACGCCACCGCCGGUCGCCUUUACGCUGCGCAAUCCGCGCGGCAACCAGCCGCGCACGUACAACACCGAGGCGCUCUGGGCGGCACUGAUGGACGUGAAGGCGGGUGAAAGUAUUUACCGCGCAUCACAAAUGCACAAAGUUCCUCGCAAGACGCUGCGGAAUUGGAUGAAGCGGUGGGACAUCAAGUCUGCCUACCCGAUGCCGAGGCAGCUGAAGGAGGCGGCCGAAAAGAAGCGCAUCAUAAAGGAGCUGACCAGCCAAAUACAAUAGCAGGAGCGGCGGCAGCCACUGCUAUGCCCGCUAGCGCACGAUAACGGUUUAGCACAGUUUAGCUUCCACUAUGCUAACGGCACUGCUGCUACGGUUGAUGGUGCCGACGGCAUCCCGCAACCAGCAGCAGUACCGGAAGCAGUUCCAAUCGUUGCCAACACGACAAUGCCAAUAAUAUGGGGAUAAGGAAUGGUACAUUAAAGAGGGGGGAACAGCAACAGCAGUAGUAGUAGUAGGUUUUCAGGGAGAGAGAGAGAGAGAAAGAGAGCAGGGAAUGUAAUUUUAAAUUCAACCAACAAAAACCAAAAAGAAACGAAAAAAGCCAACUUAAAACACACAAGUCGCCAACAACGCCGCAAACGUGCGUUAAAAGGGAAAGGAAAAAAGAAAAGAUAAUAUUAUAGAUAUAUAUACAAACACACAUGUAGGGAAGAUGGACAUUAUACGUACAUGGGCAUAACAUCACGGGAAAAAAUGUUACACAUUUGUAAUGUGCAAAAGACGUUGCGAUGCAGAAAAAAAACACAAAAAAGGGGGGAGAUCGGAACUAGUUGCCAAGAUAAAGAUAAAGAGUUUGAACGAUAGAGAAUGAUCCAGGGAAUAGUAAGAGUAUAUUAUAUAUAUACACAUUAUACAUAGAUUUUACAUACACUUUAUUUAAUUUUACAGUAAGGUUGCUAAAGUGGGUGAACAAAUGGACUUCUGCUCCAUCUAGCUCACCUUUCGCAGGGAGAAGAUGAAUCAAUUUCACGUACACGGGCCGCGGGAGUCAUUUAGAAGAGGCGAACCAACCGCGCGCGUGUAUAAGAGGGACUUAUUUUUCGCAACCAAACCAGCAACACUCCAUAUAUACUAAUUGAUUUACCUUAGAGUGAUUUAAUGGCCAAACCCAAACAAACCCACUUGCGCUGCUCCUUAGUGUGGUCUCAGUGUGUUACGACGUUAUUUUUAAAUUCAUACAUUUCAGUCAAGUUUAUGGUUACGCACACAAGCUGCGUAUACCAGUACCAGGCCAAAAGUGGUAGCAAGAGUAGAAUGGAUAGGGGAAUAAGUCACACCACGAACUCGAAAAGUCAUCUAAGCAUUCGUUAAAUCCGUUUGAUUUUUAAAACAAAUGGAACAAAGUGAAGGUUUCUAGUCAUUCGUCUGUCUCCCGUGCUGUGGAGCCCCAGAUGCUAUUAUUUGAUUGUUUUGUUUUUUUGUUUAGUUUAAUAUACAUGAAGCGAGUAUAACUUUUGUGUGCUUAAUGGUUGAUAAGUAUUUUGUUGGUUUCGUUUUUUUGUUUUUAAUUUUGUUUAUCGAUGUUUUUUUCCUUCUUUUUUUUGUUAAUUUGCAGUGGCAAUACAAACGGGAUUAGAGUAGAACUUACUUUUACGCAUAAGUAUUUAGUUCAAUUGUGAUGGACUUUAGUGGAUGGGAGCAGCUUUUUACUUUAGUUUCUUGUUUAUUUUGCUCUUCAAACAA